AAAGAGAGAGGUAGCUUGGAGAGAACAGAGAAGGGAGGGAAAGAAAGUAACAGAAAUAAUCCCAUAAUUACAAGGAAAGAGUGAAAGCCUUUUCAUCUUUCUCGAAAGGACUGAAGAAUAGGACACCAGUGUCACAUGACAAAGGGGAAGAAGGAGUGAGAGCGAGAGAGAGCAAGAGAUGAAGAGAGAGGAGACAAAGAGAGAGCGAGCGAGAAAGAGAGAGCGAGGAGAGACAAAGGGAGAGCGAGCGAGAAAGGGAGCAGAGGGAGGGAUAGAUAGAGACAAACAAGGGGAGCUGACAAAAAAAAGAUUCAAAGCUUGCCCUGCCCCCUCAUCCAUAUCUGGGAAACAAGGGAAUACGGCAACAGAUACAAGCCAGGGAGAGAGGGACCAAGAGAGAGAGAGAGACCGAGAGAGAGAAAGAGACUGUUGAAUGAACUUGGCCAUUAUAUUCUAAGGAGAUACAAACAUUCCUUUAUCAGACAGUCAGAAAGAGAAGAAGAGACUGAGGAGAACAGAAGAUGAGGGAGAGUCUUUCUUCAAAAUCGUUCCAUUCUUUUUUUUAGAGGAAGAAAAGAGAAAGCAUAAGGGGGAGUUUUGGAGAGAGAGAAGCGAAAGAGGAGGGGGGGGACGAGAUAAAUAAUGAAUUAACUUAGACUUCUAAGGGCUGUGGAGAUGUUUUUCCUUUCUUGAGAAAAAUAAUCGUACCAAAAUAACAAAAAAACAUCUUAACAUCUGACAUUGUUGAUUCUCUAAAUGUAGUUUUUUCACCCUGCAAGUGAGCCCGAAAAGCAUAUGAGUGAAGAAAUCUCAUGGACGCGACUGAGAUGGAUAGAGAAAGGCAAGACAGAAAAUUCUGACAUGGUGUCAACCCAUAUUGACAGAGACAAAGUGUGGAGAGGAAGAAGUGGGAUAUUCAGUGACAGACGCAUCUACCCCCAGACACAGGUACACUCUGAUCAAUAUUAAGAUCAAUCAAAAUAUCCAUUGUCAUCAUCACAGAUGAUAUUUAUCCUGAUACAUCGUUCAUCAGUCUUUAUUGCUUCUAGACUUCAGCAUGGAGUGCCUAAGAAUGAUAUCAUAUUGCAGUUUGUUUAUAUUCUACUCUAUACAUUACAACACCAUUUAUCAAAUAAUUUCAAGCUAUUGUUGUUAAAGUGAUCAUUUGAUUGUAAGCUAAUAAUCUUCGCUCGUUUUGUUAUUCUAAAUGAUCACUAAUAGCUAUCAUUGUACGAAUAUUUGUUUAAUUGUACAUGUAUGAAUUGCUGUUCUUGGAUGAAAAGCAAAAUCCUUCCUCUUUACAUGAGUGGAAAAUUAUUAUACGACUCUAAAAGUAUAAACAGUCAUUGCUUUCUUAACAGCAUAUCUGCUCUGUUUAAAACCAUUGAAAUAUCAGAAUUGAAUAAAAAACAUAUCUUCUGAAUAAUAUCUAAUACCAUUUACCACAAUUUUUUCUAUUACAGAUGUUUAAUAACAAUUAUAUUGUUCUUGAAAUAUGUGCCAUCUUUAGUGGCAAAGUGGACAUUAUAAAAGGGAGAGGGGACAGACACGUUAGGUGCACAAAAAUUCCUGUCUGUCAGAAUCAGAGGCUGGGACCAGAGGAGAGAGCAUUGCUCAGCUGUAGCUGUUCUCCCUGAACAACUGUGCCUGUCGGCCGCUUUACAAAGUCUAUGUGUGAAAAGCCUUUGCACAGUGAAGGAGAAAAGCUUUUGCACAGACACAUGAAAAGGGAAGAGGAACUCAAGAAGGACCAACUGUGUAACCUAGAUAAGCUGAAAUAGAAAGACCACAGCAGACUGGAGAGCAGGGCAGGAUUUCUUUCUUCCAGAACUUCUACUCCUCACUUGGACAAUAGGGACUCUCAAUACAACUUGAGAGGGAGGGCAGUCAGAGUGUCAGGGGGAGGGAGAGAGGAAGAACAGACAAUAACCUCCUGAGAGAAAGGAGGGAUAGUCCGCAAUAGAGAGAGGAGGGGAAGUUCCCCCUCUCUCGACCCAUCUCAUCGUCAGGCUGGCAGGUGCAGCCACGGCGUUCACCUUCGCAGCCUUCUGCUACAUGCUCACCUUAGUGCUAUGUGCUGCACUCAUCUUCUUCGUCAUCUGGCAGAUUAUUGCGUUUGACGAGCUGCGCACAGACUUCAAGAACCCAAUCGAUCAGAGCAACCCCACCAGAGCGAGGGAAAGAAUUCUGAAUAUUGAAAGAAUCUGCAACUUGCUGCGGAAGCUGGUGGUGCCAGAAUACUCCAUCCAUGGGCUGUUCUGCCUGAUGUUCAUGUGUGCUGGAGAGUGGGUCACCCUGGGCCUAAACAUCCCCCUGCUCUUCUACCAUCUUUGGAGGUUUUUCCAUCGGCCAGCAGAUGGGUCAGAGGUCAUGUAUGAUCCUGUCAGUGUGAUGAAUUCUGACAUCCUGAACUACUGUCAGAAGGAGUCUUGGUGUAAGCUGGGCUUCUACCUGCUCUCCUUCUUCUACUACCUGUACAGUAUGGUCUAUGCCUUGGUGAGUUUCUAAACACAGUAUAGAAGACCAAGAGGAGAUUGAAAGACAGAGAAAGAGAACGACUAAGACCGGGUGAUGUCACUCACCCCUCGUUCUCACCACCCAUUACUCCAUCAUCACAGACCAUGAUUUGCUCUCCUCAAAUCUUUGGCUGGAGGGACGAACCUUGGAGGACAUUGUGAGGAAAUAAGGCAAAGCAAAGAGACGUUGUUACGCCUGCUCAAGACUGCAACCCAUCUAGAAGAGGAGGAGCAGACAUAGAAGAGCCACAAAGGAGGAGGAAUGAAAUAAAGAAGAGAAAGAGAGAACACAUCUCAACUAGUAUACGUGUUGCCUUGAUCUGACCACAUCACUUCUUAGGGCCUGCAGGUCUCCUCUGCUAUUCUGAGUAUUACAGUCACUCAACUGUGAAUUUAUAAACUUUGUGUUGCCUAAGUCCUAAAGUAGAUGUUGCAGAUUCAUAUCCUUCCAUUCCAAUAAACCUUUUUAGAAAAGAGAAUACAAAAUGCACAAAACGUAUUUUGUUCUUCUACCGAUUUGGUAUUUCAAUAAUUCAGUAGUUGUGGUAGAUAAUUUUCUGAGGAUAAGAAUAGUUGUUUCAUCAGAUAAAUACACCAUUCAAUGCUACUAUUUCGAACCAGCGUGAUGGUAAUUGUGUUAUUCAAAAAUAUAAAAUGUAUGAACUCAUAAAUUACAUGCGAUGGGCAUAAGCUUCUGUGAAGGAUCGCGGACACCCCGGAGUGGUGUUUGAGUCUAGGUCCAUUCCAGUCAAGGCACUAUCUCCCAGAUCCCAGUCCCCACCCAGGGAAAACAGGCACAUUUCAUUCCAACACAAAAUUAUUCAGGAUUGAAAUGGAUGUUUUGACUCUGGGUGACUUGGAACUUGGGUGUUUAAGUAUUCUGUGUUUGUCUGUUCUGUUCUAGGCAGGAAGGGCUGAUUUCACCAAGACUUUCCAAAGAGCUCUGCGCUCCGUGAUUCUAGAUCAUGGAAACCUCAUUCAAGAAAAGCAAUUUUAAAUUCACAACAACAGCAAUGUGAUCAUAGCCUAGGAGAGAUGACUGUGCAUGGGAUCGUAUUUCCCCUGUGGAAUAAUACUGUGUGACACAAGUAGCAGACGAGGCUGCUGAAGAUGAUGAUAGAUCGGUCUGCUGUGAUGACUAUGUCAGGCGCAGUAAACCUUCUCACAUAGAACACUAUGGUUGGACUUACAUAACUGUUCUUACUCAAGUGUUACAGUGAUCGUUGGCAGACACUUGACUCUUGGUUCAUUUCAAAGCCGUGACUUAGCUAGCGAUGCCCUCAUCAUCAUGUAACCAUAGCUCUGUGUGUAGCUCAUUGAUAAUGAUCACACUGUGUCAUUUUAAACUCAUUAGAGAAAUGAGUCGUACUGGAACUUGAAAAAUACUGUGUGAUUAUUUGUUUACCAUAAACUGACCAUAAUUGUAGUAAUUAAUUGUGUACGACAAAUCCGAUAGGGUUCAUGUUGGCAUCUGAACACAGCGUCCUGCAUUAUAGUGGAGCCACUCACAUUUGAGUAAUGUGUCAAUGUUGUUCAGCUAGGUUUCUUGUGCCAAUACAUACAGUAUGUUCUGUUCAUCAUGACAGUUCCCUCCAAAACAGAACAACCCUUCAACCCUGACAACAAUGUGAGUAAAUCACAGACAGUCGCUAAAGCACAAAACAGGGGGGACACAAAGGAGAGGAAAUAUAGCUAGGUUGACCAUCAAUGAAUGUCAUAAUGCAGUUUAUCAGAAUUAAUUAAUUAAUAUACAGUAUAUUGAAGAAUAACUAUUUGAUACUAUCUUUUACACAUCUCUCAUCACUGUAUGCUAUAUUUGUUGGUGUGCUAGUUUGUAUUCAUUAUAAUACAAUAUGAUAUACAGUACACACAGCAAUUCACAUAUUCUAAUAAAAUAGCAAUGUGUUACAAUA